AUGCGGACUAACGUUGUUAAAGUAUUAUGGACAGGAAGAUUAAAAUAUGGUCCUAGUGUAAGACUUCAAAAAAUACUUUCCAAUUUACAUAAUAAGCAACUAAACAAUGAGACUUGUAACACAUUAUUGCUAGUUGAGCAUGAUCCUGUAUACACUAUAGGAAUUAGGAAUAAAAACUAUACAGACGAAAAUGAAAAGAAAUUAAGAAAUCUUGGAGCAGAAUUUUACAAAACGGAUAGAGGUGGUCUUAUAACAUUUCAUGGACCAGGACAAUUAGUAGCUUAUCCUAUUUUAAAUUUGAAACAAUUUAAUCCCAGCAUUAAAUGGUAUGUUUGUCAGAUUGAACAAAUGAUUAUACGCCUCUGCGCUGAAUUUAACAUAUUGGGAACAACCUCACCGGAUACUGGAGUUUGGGUUAAGGACAAAAAAAUUUGCGCUAUUGGCAUUCAUGGCAGUCGUUACAUUACUACACAUGGUUUAGCUUUGAAUUGUAAUACCGAUUUAACAUGGUUCGAUCAUAUUGUACCAUGUGGCAUUGAAGGCAAAGGAGUUACUAGCAUUAGCAAAGAACUUGACAUGAAUGUAACGAUCGAAGACGUAAUCCCCAGAUUUCAAAAUGUAUUUCAAAAAGUGUUUCAAUCAUCGUUGGUUCCAUAUCCACAAAAUGAAGCAUCUGAAUUGCUUCGAAGCGUUAGGAAUUGUAUUUAG